UUUACGGCGGUUACCUCCCUUUCACAAAAAGUCCGGACAUGCGCUCUGAAAAAUCGUCAGUCCGACCUUGAAUAUCAACAUGGCUCAAGCAGCACAGAAAGCCGGCGGUUUGGCCACGAGAUUAGUGAACACAGCGAAAGGGAUUCAAAGUUACAGUACACCCAGAUUACAGACAUUCUGGAAAUAUGCUAAAGUAGAACUUCGACCACCAACUUUAUCUGAAAUGCCACAAGUUCAAGAGGGAAUCAAUAAUAUUAUUGUAUCAGCUAGGACUGGAAAGUGGAAGAAAUUUACUGUUAAGGAAUCCCUCAUCAACACUGUGAUAGUUCUAGAAUGCAUUUUCUGUUUUACUCUGGGAGAAAUCAUUGGUAAACGUAGUGUGGUUGGUUAUAAUAUACCCGGAGCUUUCUAUCCAUAAAACAACCAAUCAGCAGACACCAACAACAAACACCAUACCAUUUUCGUUUCGCGGACUUUAUCUAUAUAUAGACUGUGUGGUGGAAAGAAAAUCGUCAAAUAGUCCGUUAUAUUGUACUGAAUAUUAGAUUAUAAAAUAACUUAAACAUA